AUGGACCAGGAUGGGCUACAAAAGCGGUUGAACGAAAUUCGCAGUGAGUUGUGGGCACAACCGAUCUUUGAGGAGGAUGAGGAGGAGCGAGGUUAUGACGAGAUAGGUUGGGAACAUUCAUCUCGAGCUAACACCAAUUCAGAGAACCCUCUCUUUAAGCCAAGACAGGCAUGGAGAAGUAGUCAACCUUCGGCGUGUGGAAGUGUUUUGCCUUCACAAAAUACACCUGCGGCAAGCGAACCGGCAUCGAAUACCCAUAAUCGUUAUGGUGAAGAAGAAUGUCCAAAAUAUGAAAAUUCUGGCAAAAGAACACACCAUGAUUGUUAUAGUAACGGCAAAUGGGGCAUAGAACGUAAAACAUUUACACCAGAAGACGGUGGUUUGAGGGAUGAAGCCUAUACCAUGAGUAGAGAUGUGCCUGAUGAUUGUGUUAGAAGUGAAGGUUUGACAUCAUACCAACCACUUAAUUCUACGUCAUUUCACCUAUUAACUUCUACAAGCACAUUGCACAAUUCCGACGCCACAAAGCUAAAAGAAGCUGCUAGCGGCCCAACCGGUUUUGGCAAAAGCCGAGUGCACAGCGAGCACGCCAGUCUACCGUCCACUUCGCACUACACCUCCCAUUACGACGGAACCAAUUAUCAGCCGGAACGAUGCAUAAACAAUCCCCAGUCGACGCACAAUAGUGCCGUUCGCUUGUUUGACAACCCUAUCAUCCCCCAUACCACCUACAACAAUACAAACAGCACAUGCUCUCUUCCAACGUUCCCUACUUCAGCUGAUAGCCUACCUAGUCGCUAUAGAAAUGCGGACACCUCGCUUCAGAACUUUGCUUCGCGGGCCCGUGUAAGUCACUUUUUUCAAGAUGAGCAUUGUUUUUCUCCACAGUUUUAAUAAGCCUUUAACCCAGUUUUGAGCUAUCUUUUGGGCCAUAAACACGUUGGGGAACACUUUUCCCGACAUUUGGCUUCAUUUACAUUUUUCUGAUGAAUUUUUACAUUUUUGCGACGAAGUUUUACAUUUUGAUGAGCUGAAAUGAGUAGUCCAAAUUCGCGGUUACUAAGUAGAGCUAUUUUUUGGCAAGCAUAGUGGAGGAACUUUUGGUCCUAUACCAAGUAUAACGAAAGAAAUUUUGGUCGUAGUUGGUACGUAAAGCUCUAAAUUCUAGUUAUAUGUUGCCUUUGUUUUGCAGUCGCUAAACACACGUGCAACAAACUUUGACGUCAAUUUUUUCGAAAAGAACCGACUACUGCGACUCGACCAACGGCAUUCAGAUGAAGAGGCGGAACACAGUCUCGAAACAACCUCACUUCUAUCAACACCAGCCGAACACAGCGUUCAUGGGAUAUUGAAGAAAAACCGCUAUGGUUCCGACCGACCACUUUUACAACACGCUACAUCACUUAAUAGCCCGAUGAGCGUCGACAAGCAUCACUUGUCGAUUCAGGGCUCAAUCCGUCGAAAGGCGUUGAAAAGCAGUCGGCCGACGGUUUCUUUCGAAGAAUCGACGCUUACUGAUCAACAACAAAAUGCGUUGACGAAAUUGAGGAACAACAUGCGGUCGUUGAACUCGAUUUCGUCGUUUGACUCGAAUUUAUCGGCCGGACGAAAAGCGUCGUUGUUCGUGCGACGGGUCUCUAUGGCCAUUCCGAGUUUGUCCGGCGACCCGAUUCCACAGUCUGUAAGCGUUUUGGGAAUGUUUUACAUUUGUUUAGAUUUUGAAGGUAGUAUAAAUCAGUCUUCUUUUUCAUAGUCGUACAAUGUCGUUUUUCAAAGAUUUUGCAAGCACAUUAUUGGAGUUUUGAUGGGUACCUAAAAAUAUACCAUAAGUGUCAACUAGAAACUUUAACGUUUUUAAAUCUUACCUUUUAAAGAUAUCAAAAUUCUAUUUUGCAAUUUUUUCCAAAAGGUUGGCGGAGCAGCCGGAAUUAUAAUACGCAUUUUUUAAUAGUUCAAAAGGGCAUAUAAUAGCGAAUGACAAAUUAGUUUGUUGUUCAAGUGUACAAAAUACCAUCUCCUUGGCAGCUAAUGCCACAAUAUGCAAACACUGACUGUCAGGAAACGUUUUUCCGUCUGUCAAAUAUUCAUGGUUUGAAUGAACUACUAUUGUUUAGGUUCUUUUUUGUAAUUCUGAUCAUUGGGGGGACUGUUUUUUCAGUGUUAUUGGUUUUGACAAAAAGUAAAACAUGCUUAAUAAUAUAACAUAAUUAUAGUAA